AUGUCUUCAUCUACGGUAAAAGCAAGAUUUUUCUGCCCCCAUGAGACUGCCCAUCAUGCUGCGACCAUCCUCGGAUUCCCAUCCAAAGUCUCCAUCGCCUCAGCCUACUACGAAAGCGCAUGUGUCGAUAUCGCGAGUUUGGCCUCUGUAAUUUCCGUCCAUGAACCAGUUCGACUAUAUGCACGACCGGAAGAUGUCCAGAAAGCAAAGUCAAUGGUCAGCCAAGCUAUUACAAAAUAUCCGAGCAACACCGCGAACAUUUCGGUCAUCCCAUUCCUCACAAAUCACCUUUGGGUCCGCGAUACGGGACCCGUCUAUGUACGCGGCGUUGGCGAAUCCAUCCACCAACGUUUUGCAAUCAACUUCCGUUUCUGUGAAUGGGGAAGAAAAAAUGACAUCGGCGACCACGACCGCGCUUCGGAUGGGCUUGAUUGGCCUGUGAUGACGUCUGAACAGAUCGAAGAAAAUGGUACUUUUGCCCGCAGGGUUAUCGAAUAUGAUGUUCUCCCGUCUCCGGUGACUCUAGUGGAAUCACAGGUCCGUCUAGAAGGCGGUGCACUAGCUGUGGAUGGCGAAGGGACACUUCUCGCCACUGAAAGUAGUAUCGUCAACGAAAAUCGCAACCCGGGUCUUUCGAAGGCAGCGAUUGAGACAGAGCUCUAUCGUCUGUUGGGUGUUGAGAAAAUUAUUUGGUUCCCCGGCAGAAAGAAUCUAGAUGUUACUGAUGUGCAUAUUGACGCUGAAGUCAACUUUGUCCGGCCCGGAGUUGUUGUCCUCUCGCGACCCCAUUCUAGUGUGCCUAAGGCAUGGAUGGAGGUUUAUGAGGAGAUCCGAGACAUUCUGGGGAAGUCGGUCGAUGCGAAGGGUCGUCCUUUCGAGGUACACAUAGUAGAUGAGCCGAACCCCAAAAUCUUCGGGGUCUUGUCAUACGAUGAACCGGCGACUAACUAUGUGAAUUUUUAUUUCGUCAAUGGGGGGCUUAUUCUUCCUCAAUUCGGCGAUAGUCGGCGAGAUCAAGAGGCCUUGGUGCUGUUUCAGAAGCUGUGCCCUGAUCGCGUGGUUCAGCCAGUGUUUUUGUCUGCGCUUCCAUUGGCUGGAGGUGUGAUUCACUGCGCAACUCAGCCAGUACUUUCUGUGGAUGAAUGA